ACUGACCAACCGCGACCACUCGUCGUCAAUGGCUGUUCCGAUUACCGCAGAUGUGUUUGUCUUGAUUGCUCAACUAAUGCUGGCCAGCCUGAUGAUGUUGGUUCAAUGCGGUGGUAAGAAGAAGGAGGCACCGGCAGCGGCAGCAGGCGGAGCCCCAGCUGACAAGGCCGCCGCUCCUCCGGCUGCAGGAGGAGCAGCACCUCCUGCAGAGGGCGAGAAGAAAGAAGAGUGAAGACAGCGAUUUCUCAGACAACCGGCCACCUUAAGAAUAAAAACUGGUUUUCACAUGUUUCGUGCCAUUCACAUGCUUUUCCCGCUAAUAUGCAUGUGUUUGUUCUGCGGUUGAUAUCCACUACUCGAAACAUU